AUGGAAGAUUAUUUUCACAACCUCUUCUCUUCCCAUCUGGUUGGUGAUGACUCUCAAUUUUGGACUUCUAUUCCUUCUAAGGUUUCGUCAGAUAUGAAUUGGGAUCUGUUGAAAUAUGGCACUUUAGAGGAGUUUUGCGAUGCUUUAGCAAGAAUGGGGUCAUAUAAGGCGCCAGGGCCUAAUGGUUUUACUCCGUUGUUCUUUAAAACAAAUUGGGAUGCUAUGAAGUUUGAUCUUCUCCAAGACGAUGCGCUUCUCUUCUAUAAAGUAAAGAUUUCUGAGGUUCGUGGCAUUAAAUCCAUUUUGGAUAGAUAUGCAAACCUAAUGGGCCAACUGGUUAAUUUUGAUAAGUCCUCUAUUUAUGUUUCUCCUAAUACUGAUCUGGACUUGAAAGCUAUGUGUCGACAGAUCCUGUGCAUUCACAAUGUUGAUUGGCAUAAUAAAUAUCUUGGGAAUCCCUUAAUCUUAGGACGAUCCAAAGUUACUUCUCUAAAUUUCAUUUCCGAUCGGGUUUCAUCCAAAGUUAAGCUUCUCAAAGGAAAUUUGCUUUCCAAAGCGGGUAGGGAAGUAUUGCUGAAAGCUGUGCUCAAUGCUCUCUCGACGUAUGCCAUGCAAUGUCUUAAAUUCCCUAAGCAGAAUUGUAAGGAUUUGACGAGCAAGCUUCUCAAUUUCUGGUGGAGUGGGGAGGAAAAAUCACAUAAGAUUAAAUGGGUUAGUUGGUCUACUCUUUGUAAUUCCAAAGUGUCUGGAAGUUUGGGCUUUAAAAAUAUUGAGGCUUUUAACUUGGCUUUGCUUGCAAAGAUGGCAUGGCGCAUGGAGGUCGGAAAUGAGUCUCUUCUUUUUAAAUCUUUUAAGCAAAAGUAUUUCAAAAGCUGCACUUUCGUUGAUGCCCCAUAUAAAGCUAAAGCUUCUUGGGCUCAAAGAGGUAUUUGUUCAGCUCAGGAUAUUAUCAAAAAAGGGAUGAAAUGCUUGCAUGAUCGUAUUCCUGUGAAUUCUUUGCUCUCUAUUUGGGGGAUUGAUACAAUUUCUUCGUGUCCAUACUGUGACUCUGCAAUCGAAACAAUCGACCAUCUUCUUUGUACCUGUCCUUUUGCAAGCUUGGUCUGGUUUUUUUGCCCUCUGCGUAUGGAUUUUCGAGGGACACGUCCCUCCUUUUGGCUUAAGAGGUGGAUUGCGCUUACAGAGCAGUGGUCUCGGUCUAAGAAUAUGCAGGAAUGUGAUCCUUUUGAAGCAGCUCAGAAAGCACAUCGCAACUUUAUUGAAUUCCAAGAGAUUUCGCACCAAUCUUGUCUUCUAUCACUUUCCUCUCCUUCUGUGGCUCCUGUUUCUUUAAAGUGGUGUGCUCCGGCAAGAGGCUAUCUUAAGCUGAAUUUUGAUGCCGCUUUUAACUUCUCUCGGCUACUCUGUGGAGGAGGUUUGAUAUUGCGUAAUGAUGUGGGUCGUCCCAUCCGGGUGGCCUCUUUCUUUUUCUCCCAUGUGAGUGGCCCGUAUAUUGUUGAAGGCUUAAUUCUUCGUGAAUGCCUUUCUCUUCUCAAAGUGUGGGGUUAUGAAAAUGUUGUGGUGGAAGGGGAUUGUCAGCUGGUGAUGCGUCUCUUAUCCUCUGUUGUGGCUUUAAGUGUAAUUUUUAAUGAUGUUAUUUCUAUUCUUAAAGCUUGUAAGGGGGCUUCUUUGGCUUGGGUGCCUCGCGAAGGCAAUGGGGUGGCUCAUUUGCUUGGUAAAAAAGCUUUAGUAGUCGAAUGUGGUGAUUUAGAGUGGAGGGUAUGGCCCCAGUGGCUAUUAGACGCUCUACUUCCUGAUUGUAUUUGUUUUCCUUCUUAA